AGCUUUGGCCUUCGCAUGCAUCUUAAGAGCUAGCUAGGUAGCUUCCAGGGAGAGAGAGCACAAAGAAUUCCACGUUGCGAGCCUUCAGAUCCUGAUAAAACUAGCUACACCAACUAUAUCCGAGCCCAUAAUACCGUAGGAUACUGAUAUCAUGGAAUCGGAAGCUUCUCUGGAAUCCACUCCUACUUGGGCUGUAGCUGGCGUUUGUGCUGUUUUGAUUCUUAUAGCUCUCCUCCUUGAACAUGCCCUCCAUCUGCUAACUCUGUUACUUGAGAGGAGAAAAAGGAAGACAAUCAAUCAGGCUCUCUACCAUAUAAAAGCAGAACUGAGGGAUUUUGGAUUCAUGUCCUUGUUGCUGACUGUUGCCCAGCAACCAAUUUCAAAGAUCUGUAUACCGAGAAGCCUAGCGAACUCCCUUCUUCCAUGUAAAGAUGCUGAGCCCCCAGGCACUUUCACUGAGGAGGAAUCAUGCCAAAAGGAGGGGAAGGUGUCUCUUGUAUCCUCGCAAGGUGUUCUACAGCUGCAGAUGUUGAUCAUUGCGCUGGCUGUGUUCCAUAUCCUAUCGUGCCUUCUUACCUUCGGUCUUGGGGAUGUUAAGCUUAAUCCUUAA